UACAUAGCUUGACAUGGAAACAACUGUGGGAACAACUGCAUACAAAAUACCCAAACAUGCUUAGCUUAGUCACAUACCUACAGACACUUCCUUCAAGCUCAGAUGAUGCAGAAUGAGGGUUUUCAAGAAUGAAGAUGGUAAAGAGUGACUGGCGCUCCAAACUGAGGGAUGAUCAUUUGACUGACUUAAUGCUAGUUUGUAUUGAAACAAACGACAUUUCAAGCUAUGACCCAGAGCCUGCUGUCCACCUAUGGAAUUCCUGUGCCCUAAGAGCAAGGAGGCCUUAUCAUAAUGAAAGAAAUUUAAAGAGAUGUGUCAAUGACAAUGUUGUCAGAACUCAACCAGAGGAUGAAACCAUACAACAUCCAGAAGUAGAGUAUGAUAUUAAUACCAUUGUUCAGUCAUUGGGUGAAGAAGAUGAUGAAGAGGAGGAGGAUGAAGAAGAAGAAAACCGUUGCCUGCAACAUGACAGAGAUAUAUUGCAAGCAAAAGCUAUGAGAUUGCUAUUGUCUUCUCUGUAAUUGUGGUGAAAAAUAAAACAAGAAAUACUUUAAAAUCGUGUAGUUAUUGUUAUAAUAAAAUUCAUAUUCAUGACCAAAAUCAUAAAUGUGGGAUCCUUAAACUUGAGGAGGAAUCUCUUGUCUGAGAGCUGAAGAUUCCUGCUGGAUCCCAAGUGAUUUAUGUUAAGGUCGA